AUGAAGCGUCUCAGAGCUGCAUCUGGUGUCAAGGAAGCCAUUUUGGCCCGCCGAGCAAUCCCACAAAGCUCGCGUCACCUCUCAACAGCUCUCCUCCAAACUCGCACCCCGCGCCCCUCACCGUCACCUCUCAUCCCCACCUCCUCCCUCCAGCACCUUGCCCUCCCCACGAAUCCAGCAACCCGCCAUGCCUAUUCUACCCCAGCCUCAAGCGCCCUCCAAAAAACGCCUCUCUACGAUCUUCAUGUCGCCAAUGGCGGCAAAAUGGUCCCCUUCGGCGGCUUCCACAUGCCCGUUCAAUAUGCCGACCUAAGCGUCAGCGCCUCGCACCACUUCACACGUUCCCAUGCCUCCCUCUUCGAUGUCAGCCACAUGGUGCAGCACCACUUUUCUGGGCCCGGAGCUACGGCUUUCCUCGAGAAAGUCACACCGGCGUCAAUUUCGCAACUGGGAACCCAUAAUGGCGGUCUGAGUACACUGCUCUGGCCUUUUACGGGGGGCAUUGUGGAUGAUACUAUCAUUACGCGGUUGGGUCCCCAGUUGUUUUAUGUGGUAACGAAUGCGGGGUGUAGGGAGAAGGAUCUGAAAUAUUUUGAGGAGCAGCUUGCGGAUUUCAAGAAGAGCGGGGGACAGGAUGUUGAAUGGGAGGUUUUGAAUGGACAGGGAUUGAUUGCUUUGCAGGGACCUCUGAGUGUGGAAAUUUUGGGUAGAUUGUUGGUUACGCCUGAUGAGGUUGAUUUGCAGAAGUUGUAUUUUGGACAGUCGCAAUUCAUUAAGAUCAAGCUGCUCGGCGAUAAGGUCUCGAGCCCGUUGCUGGUUAGUAGGGGUGGAUAUACGGGCGAGGAUGGAUUUGAGAUUUCGAUUCCCGGGCAUGAGACGGUAGCUGUUACGGAGGCCCUGUUGCAAACUGCUACGAGUGAGAAGUUGCAGCUUGCUGGACUUGGCGCUAGAGAUAGUCUGAGAUUGGAGGCGGGAAUGUGCCUUUAUGGACAUGAUCUUGAUGAUUCUACUACGCCAGUAGAGGCAGCUCUUGGCUGGGUCAUUGGCAAAGAUAGAAGAGUGGCUGGUGGAUUCCACGGCGAGAAAGUCAUUCUUGCACAGUUGACUCCGAAGAGCAAAGGUGGCAGUGGUGUGGAAAGACGGCGAAUUGGCUUGAUUGUCGAAGGAGCACCAGCGAGAGAAGGUGCCGAGAUUGUGGAUGAGAAUGGUGAGAAGAUUGGCAAUAUCACGAGUGGGUGUCCAAGUCCAACACUGAAAAAGAAUGUCGCUAUGGGAUACAUCAAAGAUGGCUUCCACAAAUCUGGGACAAACGUGGAGGUCGUUAUCAGAGGCAAGAAGCGUAAGGCUCAGGUUACAAAGAUGCCCUUCGUUCCAAGCAAGUACUGGAAAGGCGCAGCUCCGGCAUGA